UCCGAAGAUUUCGAUGUACUGAAAAGCCGAGGAGUCACGCUCAACGGAACCAUUGCUAUCAUGCGCUACGGCAAAGGGCAGACAUUAGCGAAAAUUAAGCGAGCGGAAGAAAACGGCAUCCAGGGUGUUUUGAUCUACGCGGAUCCGUUCGACACGGAAUCCCUCGACACCGAGGUCCCAAGCGGUCCAGCUGUUCCAAGCGAUGCCGUCGAACGCGGCAACAUCAAGUCCUUCCCAGGAGACCCGGUGACACCUUUUCUUCCGGCGACCGACGACAUCUACAGAAUGCCAAGGAGUGAUGUCCAGCUGCCUGGAAUUCCAGUGCAGCCCAUAAGCGCCGAGGAUGCGCAACACCUGCUACAGGGUAUCGGCGGACCUUCAGCCCCCAUCAGAUGGCAAGGCCGCCUCAACCUCUCCUACAACAUCGGCCCCGGGUACAAGGACGCAGCCGAAAUAGAGGUGCAAUUAUCGUCUUUCAACCUGUUCCGGGAAAUGAACAUAUACAAUGUCAUCGGGGUCAUCCCAGGAACUCACGAAUCGGGUCGUUACAUCAUUAUCGGAUGUCACCACGACUCGUGGACGAAAGGAGCAGGAGAUCCGGGCACCGGAAUGGCUGUGUUGAUGGAGGUCGCCCGAAUGUUCUCCGACCUGAUUCGGAUAGAGGGCUGGAGACCGAAGAGGACGCUGAUUUUCGCGGCUUGGGACGCGGCGGAAUUCGGCCAAGUCGGCAGCACGGAGUUCCUCCAGAAGCACUUCGGCGAGCUCAGUCACAGAACUGUAGCUUAUUUGUCCCUGGACCAAGCCGUAACCGGCAAUCGCAGUCUGCAGGUGAUCGGCAGUCCGCUCCUGCGUCAAGUCCUGAGUGAAGCGGCCGAGAAGGUUCCGUCACCCGGGGAAGACCAAAUGGCAAACUCCGAUCAGAACAAUAAACCCCCACCGCCGCACCAGCAGUCGCAAUCGUCGUCGAGCGCACAACACCAGCCAGCCGAGAGCUUAUAUUCUUCCUGGACGCGUGCCCAACCCGUACUUCUGAACUCCCGACGGGGAUCGGUCCCCGAAAUAAUUCCACCCGCGAGCGGAGCCGACUUCGUCCCGUUCUUCCAGCUGCUCGGCGUCCCGAUCGCUCACUUCCAAUAUGUUGCGGGAGACGGUUCGACCGAUUAUCCGCCUCUGCGAACAGUAUACGAUGAUUUCGAUUAUAUAGUCAAUUUCACCGACCCGGGGCAACAUGGAAUGGCAGCCCUUGCUCAGCUUAUUGCCGCCACUGCGCUCAAGCUAACCGACACCCUCCAAUUGCCCGUGAAGGCUACCGAUUACGCGGAUCAGAUAUCGGCGGACUUCGCUACGUUUCAAAGGGCUCAAGGAGAUUUCUUCAGAACGAACCACAUCCGACUAGACGCCUUGUCGGCUGCGGUCAAGGGUUUCAGCGCCACCGCCAAGAAUUUCCAAGAGGCUUUUGAAAGGAGUGCAAAAAGUGAAAAAACUAUUCUGAGCACACUUGAGGAGUUCAACGACCGACUCCUGCAGCUCGAGCGAAGCUUCCUAUUGCAAGCCGCUUACCCGCGCCACCUGCACUCGAGGCAUCUGCUCUACGGACCAGACAACGAGGACUCAAACAAGGGAACGUUAUUCCCGCACCUAGUGAUGGCCGUGAGGCAAGCGCGCAAGCGGCCCAUUUCGCCAGCACUGAGUUACGUGCGCGAGAACCUCUCAUUGGUUCUCAACGCUUUACGGAGUGCGACCGGAAUCCUCGACAAAAGUUUAUUGCUCAAGAGCGAUCCUGUCUAAUAAUAGGCCUACGAGAUGAGUAGCGAACGCGACACCUGUUUUUCCCGGAGGCUCCCUGAGUCGCGGCCAGAAACGCCCCGGGGCCAUCUCAAAUAAUCAAGUAGGGUGUGGAGAGUCAUACAGCGGCGGGACGAAAACAUCGUGAACCUGUGAUUUCACCUUUGUGACAGUCAUCAAUGGAAGCGGUAGUGUCGUCGGAGCAGAGAGUCCAAGGACUUGAAUACAUUGUAUCAUUUGCUCACGUUAUCGGUCCAAAGUGACUAACUUGUUGAAAUAUGCGUUCCGUAAGUCUUCGGGAUAAUAAGCUG